CCGGAAGUUCAGCUGGAGCCGGACAGAGAGAGAGAGGCAGGGUUUGAGCUGGCACUGGGACCGGGCUGGAAGCUUGCAGUGUACUGGAAAUCGUUAUCCUCCCAGAAGAUUUUUAAAGGAUGUAUUCACCACAACGGAGGGACUUUAUCUCAGUGACACUGGGUAAUCAGGCUGGAAGGACCUAUGACAACAGUAAGACCUGGAGGAGACAAUCCUGCUGGAGGAAAUGGAAACAGCUAUCAAGAUUGCAGCGGAGCCUGAUUGCGUUCCUGUUUGUCUUCAUGGUUGUUUGUGGUGUUGCAGCAUACCCUAAUCUGUCUGAACGAUGGCAAGUUGUAAGUUACCACAAUGGAGAGCUGAAGCAAGCUGAGCCAGCAGCUGAACCAGGAGUAGCAAAGCUAUUACCCAAGGCACCGCCUGUCUCACAACCACAGAAACCUCGAAGAUCAAAUCUGAAUAAGAGAGGACCACCAUUUUUACAGAAGAGAUUAUCAAAGAAAGAAAAUGCAGAUGAACCCAAAAUCAAUAAGGAAGAAAAUGAAGUUGAAGUCAUACCCAAUGAGAAGGAAGAGGAGAAAGAUAAUGUGAUCAGCUGGCGUGGAAUGAAGAUUGAACCUGAACAAGUUAAUCCAGCUUUACCUGACACACAAAAGAAGGAGCCUGUGACUAAUGAAGCUGUCAAAGAACCAGCAGGGCUGAAUGAGCGACAGAUGGCAGUGAUAGAAGCAUUCCAACAUGCAUGGAAGGGAUACAAACAGUAUGCCUGGGGUCAUGAUGAACUAAAGCCCAUUUCUAAGACUUAUAGCGAAUGGUUUGGCUUGGGACUGACGCUGGUUGAUGCCUUGGAUACGAUGUGGAUUUUGGGACAGCAAGAAGAAUUUGAAGAAGCCAAGAAAUGGGUGCUUACUGAUCUGAAUCUUGGUAAAAAUGUGGAUGUGAAUUUGUUUGAAACCACAAUUCGUAUUUUAGGUGGCCUGCUUAGCAUAUACAAUUUAACUGGAGACCAGGUCUUCCUCGAUAAAGCGAGCGAGUUGGGAAAUCGCCUUAUGCCGGCUUUUGACACUCCGUCCAAAAUUCCAUAUUCUGAUGUAAAUAUUGGGCGUGGAACUGCCCAUCCCCCACGCUGGACCUCAGACAGCACCGUUGCAGAAGUGACCAGCAUUCAGCUGGAGUUUCGAGAGCUCAGCCGCCUGACCAAAGAAGAGAAAUACCAGGCAGCAGUAAAUGAAGUAAUGAAACAUAUUCACAAACUCGGAGGGAAAAUGGAUGGAUUAGUUCCAAUGUUCAUAAACACUAACUCUGGCCAGUUUAGUCACCUUGGAGUCUAUACACUUGGUGCCAGGGCUGACAGCUACUAUGAGUAUCUACUAAAACAGUGGAUUCAGGGAGGAAAGAAGGAAUCGGACUUAUUAGAUGAUUACCUGCAAGCUAUAGAGGGUGUCAAGAAGAACUUGAUUCGGAAGUCAGAACCAAAGAAACUGACGUUUGUUGGUGAAAUGUCCCACAAUCAAUUCAGUCCUAAGAUGGAUCAUUUGGUGUGUUUCCUCCCUGGGACCCUGGCUUUAGGAGCUCACCAUGGACUGAAUGCUGAUCACAUGGAACUUGCAAAAGAACUGAUGGAAACCUGCUAUCAAAUGUAUGCACAAAUAGAAACUGGUCUAAGCCCGGAAAUUGUACACUUCAAUCUGAAUCCACACAAUACCAAGGAUAUAGAAGUUAAGCCUGCAGAUAGACACAACCUUCUAAGACCAGAGACAGUAGAAAGCCUUUUCUAUAUGUAUAGGUUUACACGUGAUAAAACAUACCAGGAUUGGGGCUGGCAAAUUCUCCAAAACUUCAACAAAUAUACUCGGGUUAAAACUGGCGGCUACACUUCUAUUAAUAAUGUGAGGAAAUCUGAGAACCCUGAACCCAGGGAUAAAAUGGAGAGCUUCUUCCUUGGAGAGACACUGAAAUAUUUAUUCCUUCUAUUUUCUGAUGAUUUCAACUUAAUUAGCCUGGACAAAUAUAUUUUUAAUACUGAAGCACAUAUUUUUCCAAUAUGGACAACUUGAUGAAUGUUGAAAUGAUCUGAAUGUUGACCUACAGUUUGGCACAUCUUAGUUGUGGGAUCUGAUGUCAGCAGGAGAUAACCACUGUGUGGAAGUUUUGUUCUACUUUGUAUUGAUCACUGUGAAAGCACGUAUCACACGUGUAAAAAAAUGUGAACAUACAAGCUAUAAACCAGGGAACAAGUACGUCCAUGAACUGAUGCACUCAAAUGACCUGUUUUACAUUACAAGAUAUGCUUACCACACGUUGCCUCCUCUCCAUUCACUGUUUGCUUCCUGCCUGCCCAGUUCAGUCAAACAGAUGAGUAUUAGUGGUUAAUGCACUACAAGUCUUUGCAAAAGAAAAUUACAUUUUUGUGGCUUUUCUUCUACAACAUGAAUGGGUCAUGAGAUUUGAUGUCAAUUCAUAUUUAAAAUUUCAAUUUACUCCACUUCAAAAAUAAAAACUAAUCUAGCUUGAAUUCUGAAAUAUCAACAACUGUGGCAAUUAAUAUUUUCCUGGGUUAUUACAGACCAAUCAAAAUUCAGUAUUUUGAUCUAUAAUGGCUUUUGAAAUUUAAUUAUAAAAUGUCAUUGUCACCAUAUUUUGUUAAUAUAUGCAAGUGUGAAAUAUCCUAAUUGAGGUUCAUGAAGGAUAGAAUAAUCCAUUGGUCUAAAAUUUGUUUUUUUUUGGUGGUUAAACUCUACUUUCAACUUCAGGUUUUAUUCCAUUUCAUGUAUAUCCUCUCACUCCAACAGCACUGUUUUCCUAUAAAUAAAAUAAAAUAUUCAAUUCUUUUCUACCAUGCUUCAGGCUGGAGCAUUUUGAAAUAUAGGAAGCAAAUGUCAUCUAGCAAUAUCUUUCCGGAGUGCUUUUACAUAGAUGCUUUUGCCUGAUAAGUUUCUUGAUCUCUUCUGAAUAUCAAAUAUUUGGCUGCUUCCAUUGCUUUAAACAAACAUUCUCUCCUUACUAGCCACAGAUGAACUUUAUGGUUAAAGAGUAAGAUGCAAUGAGUGUUUUAAAUUUAAUAUAAACAUGGUUACAACUUAGGAUAUGAGCCAUAACAUUUAAGUUGUACAAGGCCAGCAGCUUAAUUGGUCUUUGAGAGUGUAUGAAGACCUAUUUGGACCCUUAGAUUUUACGGAACCAGUAGCAAAUGCUGAUCUGAUCCAUUUUCUUAACACAGUUGCUUUUCUGUGCAGAAACCCAUUACUUUUUCCAUGAUUAACAUGAUAUACCUAAUUACAUCACUGUUCAGUUUCAUCUUGAAAAGGUUACAAGCAGUGCUGCUUCUGCUUUUUGUGAUACUGGCCAGUAAAUAAUUCCAAAUGGCUGCCUUAAAUGUGCACAUUUUAAUGAAUAAGUAAACAGAUAAGGAAAAUGCUUUUGAAAUGAUAAUUCCAACAAAAAGGAUAUUGGACAGAGUGAUCCAACCCUUUAAGGGGAUGCAGAUAUUUUAUGUACUUCCUUGUCAACACUAUGCUAAAUGCUGAAAUAUGGAUCUACAAAAACUUUAGCCUGUAUAUGAUUGAUUUUGUGCCUGUGCUGACUCUCAUACAGCUGUCCAUGAAUACAUAUCCCUUCUGUAAAAUUUUGCUUUUGUCAUUAAAUAACUCUGGUUUUAAAUUAUAUAUAGCUUUUAAUCUAGAUCCUUAUCAGUCAUUCCUUCAACUGAAUGUACUGUUAAAAUAUUGGACAGAGUUUUAGAUGUAAUUUCGCUUCCCUUCUAGA